AUGCGCCAGCGAGAACACACCGGCCCCCAGCUUCCCAAGGAGCUGCGCGACCAGUUCGGCGGAGGUGCUCCCACCCGAAAGCGCGGUGGCCAUGUGUACAACGGCCCUGUGAACCGAAAGGACCGCAGGAAAGCAGAGCGCGAUGCAAAAAAGUCACACAAGCAACAGAAGCCGAAUCGCUCCAGUUCUCACAAUGCGCUUGCGCGGGCUCGAGUGCAACGCGAGGCGGAGCCCCAGGACGAAGAGGAGGAGGAUGCUGUGGACUGGAGCGACGAGGACGAGCCAGCACAAUCUCCAGCGCGAACUACCCAAGCGCCAGCCAAGGGCAUCUUGAAGAAGUCCCAGGCCGCUCCAAUCCUCGUUGCUGAAGCGUCACCACCACCUGCUGCCAAAGUCCCUCGAAUCGUGAAGGACAGGCUCGCACAAGAUGACGCAGAAAUCGCAGCUUUGGAGAAGAAGCUGGGAUUGAAGAAGCGAAAAAAGAAAUCAAAGGGUGGUGAUGAUGAUGAUGCUUUGGACGACAUCUUUGGCGAUCUGGGAGACUUCGGCAGCGACGCGGACGACCUUAGACUCAAUCCGACGAAACGAAAAAGACAUCAGGACGAGGAGUGGUUGGCGAUCAAGCGGCGAAAAGCGCUUGGUGGAUCAGUGGAAACCGCGCAAGACGAAGAAUCGGAUCUGGACGGCCUGGACUCAGAUGCAGUAGACUCUGAGGGAGAAUCGGCUAUUGCGGAAGACGAGGAAGGACCAGAAGAUGUCGACGACUCAGAAGAUGAUGCAGCGGAUAGGAACGGGUCAGACUUUGGUGACUUAGAUUCGGAGGAAGAAGAAGAAGAAGAAGAAGUGGAGCCGCCGCCCCGCGUACGCGAGAACCCAUAUGUUGCGCCUGUACCAGCGGGUGCUGUCCCUGCCAAAUACAUACCCCCAGCUCUACGAGCACCACCUUCUUCAGAUUCCGAAGCGCUUGCUCGACUGCGCAGGCAAACUCAAGGUCUUUUCAACAGACUCUCUGACGCCAACAUGAUGUCUAUCGUGAAGGACAUCGAAAAGCUUUACCAGAACAACCCUCGCGGCUAUGUCACCACUACUCUCAUAGAUCUUUUGAUCGGCAUGCUGGCAGACCCUACAAUGUUGAUCGACACAUUUCUCAUCCUACAUGCGGGGUUUAUAGCGGCAAUCUACAAGAUCGUCGGCCCAGAUUUUGGUGCACAGAUGCUGGAGCGUAUAGUACUUGAGUUUGACAGACACUAUCAGCCCAACAAGGACGGCAUUGGAAAGCACACUACCAAUCUCACGUCUGUUUUGGCUGAGCUAUAUUGUUUUCAGGUGGUGGGGUGCAAGCUAAUCUUCGACUACAUCAAGCUCUUUCUCGAUGAGCUUUCCGAAAUCAACACAGAGCUGCUCCUUCGGAUAGUCCGGGUUUCAGGCUCACAGCUCCGACAAGACGACCCUUCUUCGCUCAAGGACAUUGUUAUACUACUCCAGAAGUCGGUCGCUAGGGUGGGCGAGAAGAACUUACCUGUACGAACCAAGUUCAUGAUAGAAACCAUCAACGACCUCAAAAAUAAUCGCAUGAAGACGGGUGUAGCGGCAUCGGCCGUCGUGCGUGAACAUACUAUCAGCAUGAAAAAGCAGCUGGGAACGCUGAACACAAGAAAUCUAAAAGGCAGUGAACCCUUGCGAAUAGGCCUAGCUGACAUCAGGGAUACCGACAAGAAGGGCAAGUGGUGGCUCGUGGGUGCAAGCUGGCGGAGCAAUAUGGCCGGAGAACCGCAAGAAAAGAUGAACGACAAGGAGGACGAGGAGGAGCAUGUUGAGGUUGCGGACACCGGGGAUGAUGGCGAAAUUGAUCUCCUACAGCUUGCUAAAGAGCAGCGUAUGAAUACGGACGUUCGUCGAGCCAUCUUCGUUACAGUCAUGUCGUCUAGCGACUACAAGGAUGCGCACAUCCGCCUGCUGAAGCUCAGGUUGAAGAAAGCAGAGGAAGUAGAGAUACCUCGAGUUAUCCUGCAUUGCGCAGGCUGCGAAGAUUUGUACAACCCCUACUACACCGCCCUGGCGCGAAAGUUUUGCACCGACCACAAAUCGAGGAAGACAUUCCAAUUCGCGCUCUGGGAUAUAUUCAGGAAACUGGGAGAGAAGAAGCACGACGACGAUGCAUCGGACGACGAAGACGACUUAGAGAGCGAUAUGUCCCUACGCCGCGUCGUCACGCUCGGCAAGCUCUACGGCACGCUGAUAGCCAAUGGCGACCUAUCUAUCGUCGGCCUGAAGACGCUCAACUUUCCGUAUCUGAAGCCGAAGACGAAAACGAUGGUUGAGGUGAUGCUCGUGACCAUCAUAGUGGAAUCGCAAAAGAGCCACAAGGAUAAGCGUAGCGAGAAAGCGCUGCUGAACGUAUUCAUCAAUUUGGACGCGGUUCCAGAGAUGAUCACCGGUGUGCAAUAUUUCGUGAAGAAGGUUGUCAGCAAGACGGAGAUCACGGCGAAUAGCAAGGAGAAAGACACGGUGAAGUGGGCUUGCAAAGUCAUCAUGGGUCUGCUGGAGCGCUUGAUGGCGUCGACCACGCUGGAUGAGGAUUAA